AUGGCUCUGAAAAUGUUUCAAAUUUUGGUGUCUGCUCUGCUGUUUAUAGCUUCUGUUUCGAGUGUCCUUGGAGCACCCUUUCUGACAGAAGAAUCAGUGAAUCAAUUCAUGCGGCUCAAACGACAUGUACCAUUUUCUCCAAGCUACUGGGACUCAGGCAGCAGCCAGAACACGUGGGCAUCCACUGUGGCUAAACAGAUUAGUGAAUCAUGGGCAGCUCUGAGGGAAACAGCACAAUACUACAUGGACUUGGACCCUUAUGCCUUCGAUCCUUCGACAGCUGUCAACAACAUCAGAUCCUACAUGGAGCAUCUACAGCAAUCUGGGACUCACCUCCACCAACAAGCUAUUAAAUCCUACACAUCUUGUAUCUGGCCAUGUUAG